UUUUUCAAUCUAGAUCUAGUUAGAGUUAGCAUUAGUAUAGUUCCAUGGUUAGCCUAAUAGGCCUACUAGAUCUAGUAAUACUAAUAGUAAAGAAUAGUCUUAGAUUUCUUUGAUCUAGCUAUAGAUUAUAGAUCUAAAUAAUCUAGUAGAUCUAGGUCAAUCUAGGUCUAAGUGUAACUGUCAGACCACGAGUGACAAAAACAACACAAUAUAUGGCUUUAAGAAUACCAUUACCUACAGGUUAUGUUGCUCCCGGAUUCCAAAAAGUUUUGCAUGUUUAUAGUGAAAACUUCAAAAAUGGUCAAGAGAAAGGAAGCAGUUUUGCAGCUUACUACAAAGGACAACUUGUUAUAAACUUAUGGGGUGGUCUGGCUGAUGCACAAGUCAAGCGACCAUGGAAAGAAGAUACAUAUGGAUUUUUUUAUUCAACAACAAAAUUCUUUGCAAGUGUCACAAUAGCUCACAUGGUAGAAAGAGGCUUGUUGAAUUAUGAAGAUAAAAUAUCAAAUUUUUGGCCAGAAUUCUCCCAAAAUGGAAAAGAAAAUAUUACACUGGAAAUGCUUUUAUCCCACAAAGCAGGUCUAGCAGCAUUAAGUGAUAAUUUUGAGCUGCGGUGGAUGCGUGAUGACCCACAGAAACUCACUGACAUGCUAGCGGCCCAGGCACCAUUGUGGCCUCCAGGAUCUGCCCAUGGUUACAGCCCAAUAGUUAUAGGCCUUUAUCUGAAUGAGAUAGUGAAAAAAGUAGACAAAAAGGGUCGACAGCUCUCAGAAUAUUUUAAUGAUGAGAUAGCCAUUCCAUUUGGUAUAGAUUUCCACAUUGGUGUACCGAAACAUUUGCAAUAUAGAGUAGCAAGGCUUGAACCAACAAUUAUUUCAAAAGACAGCAUGGCUGAGAUGAUGGGGAGUUUCCAAGGAGAUAUAUCUCUCUUCCAGUUAGCUUUUAGUCAACCAAAAGAUUGGAACUCUUCUCGUAAAUUAAAUGACCCAGAUUUUAUGUCACUUCCAUGCUCUGCUUCACAUGGUGCUGGAACUGCUGCAGCUGUUGCCAAGCUGGCAGGAAUUUUAGCCAAUGGUGGUUCCCAUGAUGGGAAUAUUCUUUUGCAGCAAGGCAGUAUAGAACUGUUACAACAACCUCUGGCCCAUGGCAUUGAUCUUACCACUGGGGUAAUGGAGAUUUUGGGGAGGGGUACAAUGUUGUUACCUGUUGUUGAGGGAAGCAAGUGUUGGUUUAUGACGGGCCACUCUGGAAAAGGAGACCAGUACUGUGCAGUUGAUCCUGUUUAUAAGGUGGGUUGGGCAUACAUCACAAACUUCACUGAUGAUUUCAUCGCCUUCAACAGCAAACACAAGUGGUCUCCCCUGAUACAGUCUUUGUUUGAGUGUGUACACGACCUGGAAGGAGUUGUACUUGAGAGGAGGAUACUGGCCUCUUACUCUGAUAUAGAAAGAGAGAAACUGGAGAGCUGGCUGCUAAACAGAAGCAAACUUUGAUGUGAUGUUUGACUGCAAUGCUAAGAUGUUUGCAUGGAAAGACUUGAUAGUGAAAGUUGGAAUAUACUUGUAGCUUUGGCUGUUUAUGUGUUUUGCCUGUGUUAUUUUAUCAACAGCAUUAGGUUGUUAAUGUUAUUGAAUGUUACUUGUGUUUUUGUAGCAUUUUUCAAGUCUUUCAACAUAAACUUAUAUAUAAUUAAGAAAAUACUAACUACUUUUUAUGCUUUUUUAUAGAGCUAUUCAUUGAAUGAAUUGCCAGUGUAAUGGUACACUUUCUUUUCUGUGUUCAUUACAUUUUGUAUCCGACACAGUAUAUAUAUAUACAUUCAAAUAAAAUUUAAAAAAAACUUUC